AUGAAACUGGUAGAAGCAGUGCUAGACUGGAGGCUAAAGUCAUUCAUCAGUCCUCCUGUCAAUGCUACCAAUAUCAUGAUUCUGGUGUGGCACUGGCCCUUUGGCUAUUCCACCCAACUAAACCCCAACAUCUGCAGCGAGACCUACAACAUUCCCAACUGCGUCCUCGUGAACAAUCACUCUUGGUUCCACAGGGCCGACUUUGUAGUCUUCCACAACCGGGAGCUGAUCACAGGCAGACGGAGGCUGCCGACAGAUCGCCCACGGCCCCACUAUCAGCAUUGGGUCUGGUUCUCGAUGGAGAGCCCUAAGAACAAUGGGAACUUGAGACCCUGCGGGUACUUCAACUACACCAUGUCCUACAACCGGGAUGCCAAUUUCUACAUACCAUAUGGAAGGCUUGUGCCAAAGAAUCCGGUGAAGGGUGUGACAGUUGAUGAUUUCAUACAAAAUAAGUCUUCACUGGCAUGUUGGGUUGUGAGCAACUUUUCACCCAGACAUAAUAGAACAUCUGUGUACAAUAAGCUUAAGAAAGUAAUUCAAGUGGAUGUAUACGUUUAAAAGCGUCUGAGUCAAAGCAGUCUGCUCCCCACAAUCUCCCGUUGCUACUUCUACCUGUCUUUUGAGAACUCUCAGUUCAAUGACUACAUCACUGAGAAGUUCUGGAGGAAUGCCCUGUCGGGUGGCACCGUGCCAGUGGUUUUUGGGGAGCCCAGGGCGCACUACGAGGCGGUAGCACCAAAAGGGUCUUUCAUCCACGCGGACGACUUCAGUUCUGUGGAGGAACUGGGAAAGUUCCUGAAGGACCUGGCCGAGGAUAAAGAACGCUACGCCUCAUACUUUACCUGGCACCUGAAUUACACCGUUUAG